UUUUUUCUAAACCCACUGCCCGCUGGUUUGCUCUUGUAUUAGUUACCUUAUAUAUCAUCGACGUCGGCUUCGUCCUGCUCCAUGCGUUCGUCAUAAGCCCAUCCAGCGCCCACCGAACGCUGGCCCGUCCGUUUUUCCUCUUACUAUUUACGAUUGAGAACCCGCAUUUUCAAGACGAUUGAACGUCUUAGAUCCAUAAUCAUGAGGGUGAUGGCCGACGAGGAGACCUUGGUGGCUACCGCCACCAUUGUAAAGUCAUUAGCCGUCUAUCCCCAGGACGCUGCCAACGUUCCUGUCCCUAUCGGCACCAAUUCUCAAAUCAGGUUACCUGGUCACGAUUGCCAUGCCAAGGAAACUCUUGAGCGUGAGCUCUCCGCCCUUGUAGUCAGGAUCCAACAGCUCGAGGCCAAAGCAAGUGUUGGAAAUGGCGCAACCUUUCCUGACACUCCUAACGAAACGGCUGAAUCUCUCUUUGGCGACGAGUCUCCUAGUUCCAUGGGUUCUAAACCGUCGAGACAAUCCCGGUUUCCAGUCCUUCCACCCGCCCGAAACGGCGCUGGCGAGGAACGGACCGUGAAGGUUCUUCCCCUCACCAAUGAAGAUCUUGAGGGGCUUCAUGAGCAUGUUAUAGAUCAGUCGAAAAUACUCGACAAUCAACGCCAAGAGCUGACGAACGUCAAUGCUCAACUUAUAGAACAAAAGCAACUGCAGGAGAAGGCCCUCGAACUCAUCGAGAAAGAACGGGUCGCAGCUUUGGAACGAGAAUUAUGGAAGCACCAAAAAGCUAACGAAGCCUUCCAAAAAGCACUCCGUGAAAUCGGUGCUAUUGUUAGCGCUGUCGCACGAGGUGAUCUUACUAUGAAGGUUCGAAUGAAUACCGUAGAAAUGGACCCGGAAAUUACGACUUUCAAACGGACUAUCAAUACCAUGAUGGAUCAGCUCCAGGUCUUUGCCAGCGAAGUGUCCCGUGUCGCACGUGAGGUCGGCACUGAUGGAAUACUUGGCGGCCAGGCCAUGAUCGAAGGAGUAGAUGGCACCUGGAAAGAACUGACAGACAAUGUCAACGUUAUGGCUCAAAAUCUUACUGAUCAAGUGCGAGAGAUCGCAUCAGUGACUACUGCUGUCGCUCACGGUGAUCUGACCAAGAAGAUCGAAAGGCCGGCCAAUGGUGAAAUUCUGCAGCUUCAACAGACGAUUAAUACUAUGGUGGAACAACUGCGUACAUUUGCAUCCGAAGUCAGUCGUGUUGCUCGCGAUGUGGGUACCGAAGGUAUCUUAGGAGGCCAGGCCGAUGUGAUGGGCGUUCAAGGUAUAUGGAAUGAGUUGACGGUAAACGUGAAUGCUAUGGCGAACAAUCUCACCACUCAAGUACGGGAUAUCGCCAAGGUCACAACUGCAGUUGCCAAAGGAGAUCUCACUCAGAAAAUUCAAGCCGAAUGCAGGGGUGAGAUUUUUGAACUCAAGUCGACUAUCAACUCUAUGGUUGAGCAACUAUCGCAGUUUGCACGCGAAGUAAGCAAGAUUGCGCGUGAGGUCGGAACCGAAGGUCGUCUUGGUGGUCAGGCUACGGUGAAUGACGUUGAAGGCACCUGGCGCGAUCUUACUGACAAUGUCAACGGUAUGGCUAUGAAUCUGACAACACAGGUGCGAGAGAUUUCCAAGGUUACUACUGCUGUGGCGGCCGGAGACCUAUCACAGAAGAUCACUGUCGAGGUCAAGGGUGAAAUGCUUAGGCUUAAGCUCACUAUAAACUCCAUGGUGGACCGUUUAGGCAAGUUUGCCUUUGAAGUCAGCAAGGUCGCUAGAGAAGUCGGAACGGAUGGAACCUUAGGUGGCCAGGCUCGAGUUGACGAUGUAGAAGGAAAAUGGAAAGACCUCACCGAGAACGUCAACACUAUGGCUUUAAACCUAACGUCUCAAGUACGAGGUAUAUCCACCGUCACUCAAGCCAUUGCCGAUGGCGACAUGAGUCAGAAGAUCGACGUUCAAGCGAAGGGCGAGAUACUCGUAUUGAAGGAAACCAUCAAUAACAUGGUUGACCGCUUGUCGGUCUUCUGUAACGAAGUGCAACGUGUAGCGAAAGACGUCGGCGUAGACGGAAAAAUGGGAGGCCAAGCAGACGUUGGAGGUCUAAAAGGACGAUGGAAAGAGAUCACUGCUGAUGUUAACACGAUGGCAACAAAUUUAACGACCCAGGUACGAGCUUUCGGCGAUAUCACUAACGCUGCUACCGACGGAAAUUUUACCAAGCUAGUCGACGUGGAAGCUUCCGGCGAGAUGGACGAGCUUAAGCGAAAGAUCAACCAGAUGGUGUACAACCUCCGAGACAGUAUCCAAAGGAAUACGCAAGCAAGGGAGGCGGCCGAGCAGGCCAAUAAAACGAAGUCGGAAUUCUUGGCGAAUAUGUCCCACGAGAUACGAACGCCUAUGAACGGUAUCAUUGGAAUGACCCAGUUAACCCUCGACACCGAUCUUACGCAAUAUCAGAGAGAGAUGCUCAAUAUAGUGAACAACCUCGCCAAUAGUUUGUUGACUAUUAUUGACGACAUAUUGGAUCUGUCAAAGAUUGAGGCUCGAAGGAUGGUGAUAGAAGAGAUUCCAUACACGUUACGGGGCACUGUCUUCAAUGCCUUGAAGACGUUAGCUGUCAAGGCAAACGAGAAGUACUUGGACCUUACAUACCGGGUUGACAGCUCUGUCCCCGAUUAUGUAGUUGGUGAUUCCUUCCGUUUACGGCAGAUCAUUCUAAACCUAGUGGGCAACGCCAUCAAAUUUACAGAGCAUGGCGAAGUAAGCUUGACAAUUCGGAAAGCCGAAGGUGUCCCUCCCAAGGAUCCCCGCGAGUACGCAAUCGAGUUUGUCGUUUCGGAUACGGGUAUAGGGAUCCCGCCAGAUAAGCUUGACUUAAUUUUCGAUACUUUCCAGCAAGCAGACGGAUCCAUGACUCGUAAGUUCGGUGGUACUGGCUUGGGUCUAUCUAUUUCAAAAAGGCUGGUUAAUCUUAUGGGCGGUGACGUCUGGGUCAAGAGUGAGUUUGGAAAAGGUAGCUCGUUCUACUUUACUUGCGUUGUCAAGUUAGCAGACGGCGAGGUCGCGUCCAUCGAGAAGCAAUUGAAACCUUACAAGGGACAUCAAGUGCUGUUCAUUGAUAAGGGACGCACCCAAUAUGGAAGGGAAAUCGUCAAUAUGCUGCAGAGGCUUGGGUUGGUACCGGUGGUUGUAAACACGGAAGGAAAUCCUCAUAUUCCUAACUCAGACGACCCGCCAUAUGAUGUGAUCAUCGUUGAGUCUAUCGACACCGCUCGCAAGCUAAGAGCCGUCGAAGAUUUCAAGUAUCUUCCAAUCGUCCUCUUGGCUCCGGUUGUUCACGUCAACCUCAAAUCAUGCUUGGAUCUGGGUAUUACAUCUUACAUGACAACACCUUGCAAACCAAUCGACUUAGGAAAUGGAAUGGUUCCUGCUUUGGAGAACCGUGCUACGCCAUCCCUAGCCGAUAAUACAAAAUCAUUCGAGAUUCUACUUGCCGAGGAUAACAGGGUCAACCAGCGGCUAGCUGUAAAGAUUCUUGAGAAGUAUCAUCACGCUGUUACCGUGGUUGGAAACGGCCUAGAAGCGGUGGAAGCUGUGAAGAAGAAGAAAUUCGACGUCAUCCUCAUGGAUGUUCAGAUGCCAAUAAUGGGAGGCUUCGAAGCUACUAAUAAGAUACGCGAGUACGAGCGCAGUCUUGGCUCUCACCGUACUCCGAUCAUUGCAUUAACAGCGCACGCUAUGAUGGGAGAUCGGGAGAGGUGUAUACAGGCGCAGAUGGACGAAUAUCUAUCGAAACCCCUACAGCAGAAUCACUUAAUACAGACCAUCCUGAAGUGCGCGACGCUUGGUGGUGCUCUUCUCGAGAAGAACCGAGAGCGAGAAUUGGCGCGCCAAGCCGAGCAGAAGAACGGCAACAAACCGAAUGGCUCGGCGCACUUGAGGCCUGGCCUGGAGGGUCGUUCGAUAACGUCAAACGAACCCUUGAUGGGGACCAUGGAGAGUCCAUCUCUCGUCUCAGCGAAUCAAGAUGAUGCGCUGCAUAGGGCACGUUCAACCCUCUCUGAACCUGGCGUUCAAAAUGACUAACUUGCGGUCGUUCCGUUCAGCUCCUGAUCAGAGCUCAUAGUAACUAACUGAUCAGCUUUCAAUGCCGGCCAGGCGUGAAGAACACCGCCCGCUUCGAGUCGUAUGUUCAAUCCAUACGUCCGGGGUCCGUGUUCCAGUCAAGAUCAAUUCUCCAUCAUUCUCACGAUACCCACGGCCUAUGAGAAUGCCAUCAGUUCCAGGCAUCACCACCUAAAUUUCUUGUACUCUCGUUACCACAAGCUUGAUUACGAGUGGUGUAAGACUCGGCUGCUGUUGUUGUCCGUUCUCGGGUCUAUGCUUUUUAUAUAUUACGACACAUAGGGGUGAAGAGCAGGAUGUGCCGCUUUUGGGGAGGAGCUAUGGCCAUUGUCGGUGUUUCAUUGGGCGUUAUUUUGGCUUCAUGUUUGGACAUCAGUCAUGCGUCGUUUGU